UUCUCCAAUCCGCCCGCCGGCGGGCCUCUCGCUGGAGGGGUGGCAGGGUGGGGGGCGGAUGCGGGAGCCCCGCGGAGUCCCUGGCAGGACCCGUCCCUGCUCUUUGCUGUCACUGUUAUUGGGAUCACUGUGCUCCUGCUUGCCCUGAAGAGCAAGAACGUGAUGAAGAGUCGUCACAUCACCUUACAGAACUCUGAUACCAAGUACCCACUGCCUUUGAUUGAGAAAGAGCAAAUCAGCCACAACACUCGGAGGUUUCGCUUUGGACUGCCCUCCCUGGACCAUGCCUUAGGGCUUCCUGUAGGUAACUAUGUUCAUCUCUUGGCCAAAAUUGACGGUGUUCUGGUGGUCAGGGCUUACACGCCUGUGUCCAGUGAUGACGACCUAGGCUUUGUGGACUUAAUCAUCAAGAUCUACUUCAAAAAUGUGCAUCCUGAUCACCCAGAAGGGGGGAAGAUGACUCAGUACUUGGAGAACAUGAAAAUUGGGGACACCAUCCUUUUUCAAGGGCCAUCUGGGAGCCUGUUCUAUCAUGGGUCAGGGAAGUUUGUAUUCAAACCAUACAAAACGAGUGAGCCUGAAACUAAACUGGUGCAUCAGCUGGGAAUGAUUGCUGGGGGCACAGGGAUCACACCCAUGCUGCAGCUCAUCCGCUGCGUCACCAGGAGGCCCAGUGACAAGACCGUGAUGUCCCUCAUCUUCGCCAACCAGACAGAGGAGGAUAUCUUGAUGAGAAACGAGCUUGAAGAAGUUGCCAGAACUCAUCCAACGCAGUUCAACCUGUGGUACACACUGGACAGGCCUCCUGUUGACUGGAAGUACAGCUCAGGCUUCAUUACCAAGGACAUGAUCAAGGAGCACCUCCCUCCCCCUGGGGAGUCCACGCUCAUCCUGGUGUGUGGCCCACCACCCCUGAUCCAGACAGCUGCGCACCCUAACCUGAAGAAACUGGGUUAUACCAAGGACAUGAUUUUCACCUACUAAAGCCUCUCUUGCUCUUUCCUG